CAUAUUCAAUUCUCAAUAUUCUUCAUCGAAAAGAUAUAUCAUAUAUCCCUCUCUUAUAACAUAUAAAAACCUUGGAAACUCCAAACUCUUCUUCCACCAAUUCUUUCUCUUCUUUCUUUCCUUCUUUCUUUCUUCUCUCUCUCUAUGAUCACACAGUAAGUAACUGAAGAAAAAGAAAAGAAAAGAAGGUAAACACAUUGAACAACGUAACGUUGAUCAAUGGCGAAUAAUCAUAAUAACUGGGUUUCAGUUCUUGUUCAGAACUUAACCUCCAAGAAACAAACCAAUCUUCUCAAAAACCUAUACUUUCUCACCUUCACCACCGUGCUCUGCACCCUCUUCUACCUCCUCGGCCUCUGGCAACACUCCACCACCCCUUUCUCCGCCGGAACAACAACCACACAAUACCUCUCCACCACCACCUGCCCCGAUCCGGCAAUCUCCAAUUCCACCGCCGCCGCCCUUGACUUCUCCGCGCACCACACCAUUCCAGACCCCACUUCCACCCCCGCGCGUGAGUUUCACGCGCCUCCGUGCGAUCCUUCUUUCUCCGAGUACACGCCAUGCGAGGACGUGAAGCGAUCGUUGAGUUUCCCGCGCGACCGACUCAUCUACCGGGAGAGGCACUGUCCGGCGCCGAACGAGAUUCUCCGGUGUCGAAUUCCGGCGCCGUUCGGGUACCGGAUACCUCUGCGGUGGCCGGAGAGCCGCGAUACGGCGUGGUAUGCGAAUGUGCCGCACAAGGAGCUCACUGUGGAGAAGAAGAACCAGAAUUGGGUUCACUACGAAGGUGACCGGUUCAGGUUCCCCGGUGGUGGGACCAUGUUUCCACGUGGCGCAAGCGCCUACAUUGAUGAUAUCGGACGGCUCAUAAACCUCCGCGAUGGGUCCAUCAGAACCGCCUUGGACACCGGUUGUGGGGUUGCAAGUUGGGGUGCAUAUCUUCUGUCACGCAACAUUUUAGCAAUAUCGUUUGCACCAAGGGAUACACAUGAAGCUCAGGUUCAGUUUGCUCUUGAACGUGGAGUUCCUGCAUUGAUUGGAGUUCUUGCCUCAAUUAGGCUUCCUUACCCUUCAAGAUCCUUUGACAUGGCUCACUGCUCACGUUGCCUCAUUCCUUGGGGCCAAUAUGAUGGAAUUUACUUGACUGAAGUCGAUAGAGUCCUGAGGCCGGGAGGCUAUUGGAUCCUAUCCGGGCCGCCGAUAAACUGGAGGACACACUGGAAAGGAUGGGAAAGGACUCAGGAGAGUCUCAAAGAGGAACAGGAUGGGAUUGAGAGAGUAGCAAAGAGUCUAUGCUGGAAGAAAUUGAUUCAGAAGGAUGACCUCGCCAUAUGGCAGAAGCCAACCAAUCACAUUCAUUGCAAAAUCACUAGGAAGGUCUUCAAGAACAGACCCUUCUGUGAGGCACAGGAUCCAGACACUGCAUGGUACACUAAAAUGGAUACAUGCUUGACAAAAUUACCUGAGGUGAGUGACAUUAGACAAGUUAGCGGCGGCGAAUUGGCGAAAUGGCCCGAGAGACUAACUGCAGUUCCCCCGAGGAUUAGCAGCGGAAGUUUGAAGGGAAUCACGGCCGAGAUGUUCAAGGAAAACACACAGCUAUGGAAGAAGAGAGUGGCAUACUACAAGACCAUAGACUAUCAGCUAGCAGAGCGUGGUAGGUAUCGCAAUCUCCUCGACAUGAAUGCUUACUUGGGAGGCUUCGCGGCUGCGCUUAUCGAUGAUCCGGUGUGGGUGAUGAACAUUGUUCCUGUGGAGGCUGAGAUCAACACUCUCGGUGCCAUAUAUGAGCGUGGAUUGAUUGGAACCUAUCAAAACUGGUGCGAAGCAAUGUCAACUUAUCCAAGAACUUAUGACUUCAUCCAUGGUGAUUCUGUUUUUAGCCUCUACCAGAACAAGUGCAAUAUGGAGGACAUUCUUCUAGAGAUGGACCGGAUUCUUCGGCCGCAAGGCAGCGUCAUAUUGCGCGACGAUGUGGAUGUGCUGCUAAAGGUGAAGAGAUUUGCAGAGGCAAUGCAGUGGGAUGCGAGAAUCGCCGACCACGAAAAGGGGCCUCACCAGAGAGAAAAGAUACUAGUAGCAGUGAAGCAGUACUGGACAGCACCACAACCUGAUGAAGAUCAACAAAGAAAGCUUUAGUUUGAUAAUAUACCCUUCUGGACUCUAUAACUUUGUGUAUUUUUCUUUUUUCUCUUCUUCUUUUAGCCACUUUUCAAAAGAAUUUUACUGAGAAAUUCAAUUCUUUUACAACCCCAGUUGCUGUGGCCUGUGGGUGGUGCAAAUUGGAAAAAUAUGUUUACAGCAA